CAUUCCAAAUACAUGUUCACCCUACUACAUACAUCUUUCUUCAAAUCCAUGGCGACACCUUUUACCUUGUUCUUAUUAGCAGCAGCACUCAGUCCAACUGUCUUUUCAUUCGAGCCCGCACCCCUGCAAGAUUUUUGCGUAGCAGAAACAUCUAACCAAGGUUCCGUUAGAGUGAACGGCAUGGCGUGCAAGAACCCGUUGUUUGUCCAAGCUGACGAUUUCUUCUAUAGCGGGCUCCAUGUCGCAGGCGACACAGGAAACUCUUAUGGGUUUCGUGUCACCCCAGUCACCGUAUACCAGGUACCCGGGCUCAACACACUAGGACUCUCAAUGAUGCGAAUUGACUAUGCACUUUGGGGAGCUAACCCACCACACACUCACCCUAGAGCAACCGAAAUAUUUACAGUUUUAGAAGGAACUCUUCAAGUUGGAUUCAUUACUUCAGACCCUCAAAACCGACUCAUUACAAAAGUCCUUCAACGCGGUGAUGUGUUUGUUUUUCCGGUUGGGCUCGUUCAUUUCCAAAGGAAUAUGGGUCAUUCGAAUGCAACUGCGAUAGCCGCGUUAAGUAGUCAAAAUCCGGGAGUUAUUAGCAUCACAAACUCGAUAUUCGGGUCCACACCGCCAAUUUCUACAGAGAUCCUUGCACAGACAUUCGGCGUUGACAACAAAACAGUACAUCUGCUGAAAAAGAAGUCGACACAUGUAUGAAACUUUGUUUGUUGCAUUGCCGUUGGAUACUAACCAAACCCAACCAUUUCAUAUAAUUUUAAUAAUGUCUUCAACAAUUGUCCAUCCUUUUAAACAACCAACAAGACGUUGUCCCAAUACAAUACAUGGUUGUCGUUA